AUGGCCGACCUCGUCGACUCCAUGCUCGACCUCCUCCGACGCCUUCCUCCUACCCAAGUCGAAGACAACGUCUCCGCGCUCGUGCAAAUCUGCCCAGACUACGCCGAUGAUCUCCUCGGGAGCGUAGAUCAGCCGCUCAAGUUGAGGAUGGAUAAGGCGACGGGAAAGGAGUACCUUGCGUGCGAUUAUAAUAGGGAUGGGGAGAGUUACAGGUCACCGUGGUCGAAUGAGUAUGACCCGCCGUUGGACGAUGGGACUUUGCCGUCUACGAAGCUGCGCAAGCUGGAAGUUACAGCUAACGAGGCGUUCGAUACUUACCGCGAGAUGUACUACGAAGGCGGUGUAUCGUCCGUGUUUCUAUGGGAUCUCGACGACGGUGGUUUCGCCGGAGUUGUUCUCUUCAAGAAAACCUUAAGCCCAUCCUCGCCCUCCGAACCCUCAGGCAGCUGGGACUCGAUCCACGUCUUCGAAGCCGCAGAACGAGGGCGUCAAGCGCAUUACAAGCUCACUUCAACCGUCAUGCUCCAGUUGGUCACACGAGGUAUGGAUGUCGACGCGGCGGCUGCUGCUCAGAGUGGGAAUGGACAUGGACAAGGAUCGGCGAAAGAGGAGGAGACGUGGAAGCGGGAGGGAGAGGUCAGCUUGAGUGGGAGUAUGACCAGACAGACGGAGACGGACCAGCCCGUGCAGGACUCGAGUUCACAUAUCGUGAACAUGGGCCGGUUGAUUGAGGACAUGGAGAUCAAGAUGCGUAACUUGUUGCAGGAAGUGUAUUUUGGCAAGACGAGAGAUGUGGUUUUCGACCUGCGCAGUCUAGAGAACCUGGAGGCGGCGAGGAGACAGAGGGAGUUGCAGAAGGAGCUAGUAGGAUUCAUCAGGCGGUGA